AUAUGUCUUCCUCCGGUGGUCCGCUGACUGAAGAGCUCUCUGUGUGUUUGGAUGUGUUCAUUGCUCCGGUCAGCACUCCAUGUGGACACAACCUUUCCAAAAACAGCCAGAUCUGUCAAAACAAUAAAGAAACACUGAAACAAAGACCUGAUCUGAAGAUCAACACCACACUCAGAGAGAUCUCAGAUCACUAUAAAGUCAAGAGGCCUGAUAAAGAACCUGUAGUUGUGUGUGAUCUGUGUGAGGACAGAAAAGCAGUGAAAUCAUGUCUGGUGUGUCAGAGCUCUUACUGUGAAACUCACCUGGAGCCUCAUUUAAAGGUGACGGGAUUAAAGAAACACAAACUGAUGGAUCCUGUGAGUAAUUUAGAGGACUAUAUCUGUCAGACACACCAGAGACCUCUGGAGCUCUUCUGCAGAGAUGAUCAGACGUCUGUGUGUCUCCAUUGUGCUGUGACAGACCAUAAAACACACAACACUGUUCUUCUGGAAGACGAGAAUCAAAAGAUGAAGACUCAGCUGAUGAAGACACAGAGAGACGUGCAGAAGAUGAUCCAAGACAGAUUUAAGGAGAUUGAGGCCCUCAAACACUCAGCAGAAGCCAGAAAAAGAGUCUACACUGACCUACUGAAACUGAUGGAGGAUCAGCAGAAAGCAGCGGAGGAACAGGAUUCAGAGCAGAUAUCAGCGCUGGAGCAGGAGAUCUCUGAGCUGAAGAACAGAAACACUGAGCUGGAGCAGCUCUCACACACUGAAGAUCAUCUACACCUCGUACAGAUUCACUCUUCCCUGAGCAGCUUCAGAAACACCAGGAGCAGGUCUGAGAUCAGUUUGAAGAAUCAGGAGACUCUGAAGAAAGCUCUGACUAAACUGAAGGAGUCCAUAGAUGAGAAACUCAAGCAAACUGUCUCUGCAGAGCUGAAGUGGAUGCAGCAGUAUGCAGUGGACGUGACUCUGGAUCCUCAUACAGCUCAUCCUGAACUCAUCCUGUCUGAUGAUGGAAAACAAGUCAGCUGUGGAGAUAUCUGGCAGAAAUUACCCAACAAACUAGAGAGAUUUAAUAGAUAUCUAUCUGUUCUGGGAAAAGAGGGAUUUUCCACAGGGAGAUUUUAUUUUGAGGUGCAGGUAAAGGGAAAGACGGACUGGACUUUAGGAGUGGCCAGAGAAUCGGUUGACAGAAAAGGAGACAUCAAAGUGAGUCCUAAAACUGGAAGCUGGACUGUGGCUUUGAUUAAUGGAAAUAAGUUGAGCGCUCGUGAUGAUCCUCCAGUCUCUCUGUCUCUGAGAGUGAAGCCGCAGCGGGUCGGUGUGUUUGUGGAUUAUGAGGAAGGUUUGGUCUGCUUUUAUGAGGUGGAGUCCAGCUCUCAUAUCUACUCCUACACUGAUCAGUCUUUCAAUGAAAAACUUCAUCCGUGUUUUAGUCCAGGGUUUAAUUGUGAAGGUGAAAACUCAAGUCCACUGAUCAUCACUCAUCUCAGUAACAAUCACUGAACAUACACCCCAUAUUUGUUUUUGAAUGUCCAGGCAUUAGUUUUAGGCAUAUUUUGGGCAAUUUUUCACUGGAUCUGAAUAAUGUCUGCUCUGUUUACAGUAAUUGCAACAUCUAAAUAAAGAUGGUUGUGUUAGGCGA